AUGGCCUCCUCGGCGGGAAACGCGGGAAAAGGCGAUACGGCGACAAACGAAACGACGAAGAAGACGGAACAGCAUGCUCUAUCAUCGACGAAUAGCAAAAUAGGCUUGCGUGAAAAGCAUAAGGCAACGGACGACACGAACAGCGAAAUGCAUAAUCUGAGAAAUGACGAUGUGCUGGUGGCGGACAGCGCAGUUAGUAUUGACGCUAUGACGAAGAAUCAACUAGUAGAGCGAUUACGUCAAUUAAAAUUGCCUGUGACGGAGCUAAAGGCGACGCUGCGUGAGAGACUGCGGGCAGCUACACAAGAAGAUGUUAGCGACGAAGAUGUUAGUGACGAAGAUGUUAGUGACGAAGAAGUUAGCGAGGACACGGUGUUACAUUGUGAUGAAGACGAGGGGGAAACCCCUGCGGUCGGUCAUAGCGGUGGGCGCCAUGAUCGAGGAUCGUUAUCGACCGCGCGACGAGACGCGACACCGCCCUCUCGUUAUAACCGUAUGCAUUACGAGGAACGCGAACCUAACCCUCACGGCGUGAGAACAGGACAGCUCGUGUUGACAUACAAAGACGUUGAAGACGCACUGACACUUUUCAGUGGCGACGGCACACAAAACGUAGGAAGAUGGUUUACGUCAUUUGAAGAGACUGCCGAUUUGUGCCGGUGGACCGACGUGCAGAAGAUUAUUUACGCGAAGAGACUAUUACGCGGUUCGGCUAAGCUUUUCGUAAAUUUCGAGUGUCAAGUACAAUCAUACGGCGCGCUCAAGAAAGCGUUGAUUAAAGAAUUCGGUAAGACAAUGAACAGUCGUCAAGUGCAUAAAGAAGUGAGUGCAGUGUCGAAAAAGUUGGACGAGACAUAUCAAGCGUAUGUCUAUCGCGUACUGGAACUUGCCAGUCACACGGAGAUGGAAAUUGAGGCUAAAAUACAGUACAUUAUCGACGGUGUUAAAGACGAAGAGAUAAAUAAAUCUAUAUUAUACGGUGCUACGACGAUUAAGGAGUUACGUCAGAGAUUUGCGCAAUACGAAAUACAGAAAAGUAAUCGAAGUAAGGCGCGACAACAUUCGCAAGCGCAAAGUAAGAAGAAGCCGGCGAGUAACGCGGGUCAGACCACGACAGCCACUGCUGGCAAACGAUGUUUCAACUGUGGCGACACGAAGCAUCUAGGUAAGGAGUGUCCUAAUAAGGCGAAAGGAUCUAAAUGUUAUUCAUGCGGUGAAUUCGGGCAUAUUGCUGCAAAGUGUCCAAAAGGAGCAGACUCGGCGAAUAAAGAUACUACUCCAGUAAGAGUGGAUGCGCUCCGAUCUCACAGUGAUAAGAAGACGUAUAAGAAAGUGAAUAUUCUGGGGAAGGAUGUCACAGCUGUUUACGUGCAUCUCGGUGCUCCUCCAAUCAGGCACGAGAUUACGAAGUUCAACGGGGUAGGCGCAUUUAACCGGAGUACAUUAGGAAGAUUUACGGCGGACGUGUCCAUUGAUGGAAUACUGUUCACUCUGGAUAUCAAUAUAGUGCCAGACGAUUAUACCGGACAUGAUUUAAUCAUAGGCGGUGAGUUAUCGGAUUUAACUGAGAUCCGUAUAAGAAAACGACAAGCUGUCAUAAGGAAGCUCAAUGACGACGAAUCGAAGACGACGACCGAAGAUGCUAACUGGGCGGAAGUAUUAUGUAUUGGCGUACAGGAUAACGAAGAAAAAGAAGCGAAAGCUCAAGUUACGCUUAAUCACGUGGAAAAUUCGAAUAUUCGAGAGUGUGUACGAAAACUAGUAGAGGACUAUCAACCGAGGAAGAUAAAGGACAGCGGCGUGAAGAUGCGUUUGAUACUCAAGGACGAAAUACCGGUACAUCAGAAUCCUCGUAGAUUGUCGGCGGAACAACGGAAUGCGGUACGCAAGAUCAUUGACGAGUGGAUCGAGAAAGGGAUUAUACGACCGAGCAACUCGGAAUACGCCAGCCCGAUCGUCCUGGUGAAAAAGAAAGACGGAACAUGGAGGUUAUGUGUCGACUACCGAGGAAUAAACCGUAAGAUAGUAAGGGUAAGGCAGCCUUUUCCGCUGAUCGAAAAUCAACUAGAUGAACUGACAGACGACGAAGUAUAUUGUGUGUUAGACUUGAAGGAUGGUUUCUUUCAUGUACCACUGGAUGAAGAUAGUAUUCGUCAUACUGCUUUUGUGACGCCAGACGGGCAGUACGAAUUUUUGAUGGCACCCUUCGGACUAUGCAAUUCUCCGGCGGCAUUUCAGCAGCUCAUGCGAGCAAUAUUCAAGAUGGUGAAGACAUAUUUAGACGACGUCAUCAUUUCGGCGAAAAAUGAAAAAGAGUGCUUAGCUAAGUUGGAACAGGUUCUAAACGUAGCUCGUGACUACGGUUUGAGAAUAAACAGGAAAAAGUGUAAACUAUUGGUACGACGUGUGGAGUAUUUGGGACAUAUAGUGGAGGCAGGAACA